AUGAUUUAUGUGAUGCACAUUGGGACCAUAAUUGCUCUUUGUGUAGAAUUGCCCUGUUAUUUAAGCCAAGUUCGCGUAAUGGGAAAUCUUUACACAGGGCUGGGCCUCGAAAGCCACUGCAAUGGAAUAGAUGGAUUCCUAUUCUUAUACAGUUCAGAUGUAGUGAUAAUGAUUUCGGAGAGAAUAGAUAUUUUUGGCCCCUGUGGCUUGGGAGGACGUGGUCGAAUCACUAGGAAAAACAGUCACACCCUGCACUGCCAGUAAUGGAAGUCAGGAAAAGGUUCCUGCAUGUGGCCAGAGUGUCCUUCCUGAAGACAGCUCUCUCCAGGCAUAGUUGACUGAUGGUAAACUUUAUCAUCGUGGACCGUUGGAAAUCCUGCAAACACGUGCUUUGUGUAUCCAUCACUUGAUACUCAAUGAUGGAGCAGAAGUAUAUGGAAGAUAUUGCACAAUUUUUACAUGAUAUGAAAUGGAUAUAUGAUUUUCAUGUUACAAAGAUUUUCACAAAAGACAUCUUUUCACAAAUGCCUGAGGACUGGAAAGGAAGUUUACUCAAUCUUCCAGUUCAUACUUUGAAUGGAAUUCCUCAGGGGAAAACUCAGGAUGACUGGCCACUCUCUUUGCGAGUCUUUUUAGAGAAAUGUCAGAAGUUCUCCUUGCAGAACCUAACCAGAACAAGCUGUGAGGAUGAUCCUGAGGACGUUACUGGAAAAGUGCCUCAGACUUUAACUAGAGGAUUAUCUGAGAAAAAGAGACAUGAGGUUCUCAGUCUUUUAAAACUCACAGAAAGAAUAGCAAAUGUAACGGGUAGUAAUUAUGUCCUGGAUAUUGGGAGUGGAUUGGGUUAUAUCGAUUCUAUUCUUCACCAUACACUCAAGCUCACUGUAGUUGGUGCAGAGAGUCUAAAAGACCGUGUUAAAAGUGCAACAGAAAGACAAACCAGACUAUUCACUGAGUGCAGUGGUGUAAGGCACAUUCACUGGGAACUCACAGAUGAUGAAGAAACCUUAAUAAGAGCACACAGGGAAGUGGUAGAGAUGAUGAAAGCUGAUGUAACAUGCACUUGUAAAGAGGAGAAAUUAGAAACCAGGAAACCAUUAGAGAACCAGCAAUCUUCAAUUCCAGUCAGUUAUGUGACAGAUACUUCUCAGGAGGAUCAUCAUGUGGAAGAAAAUUCCUCUGUGGAAAAAUCAGCAAUACUGAUUGGCCUUCACUCUUGCGCAGACCUCUCUCCCAUAAUGCUGAAGGUAUUCCAAGGCUGCCCUCAGCUCUCAUCAUUAAUUCUAUUUUCAUGUUGCUACCACAAGUUGACUCCUGAGAAGUUGACAAUGGAAGAAAACCAAAGCAAUAAAGAAAAUUGUGUUGGUGUUACAGAUGAAACAGUGGGCACAAAUCUUGGUGCUCUCAGAAAAGGAAGACAAUGUCCAUCUUCACACAACAAUGAGGAAUUGAGAGUUUGCAAAUUCAUGAACUUCCCUUUGAGUAAUGCUCUGAAAACAAUUCUUUCACAAAAGAAGAUCAGCUUCAGCACUUUUGGGUUGAGGUUGGCAGCUCAGGAGUCAGGUCUGCGUUGGGUACAACAGACAGAAAAGGAACAUGAAACCCACAGAAACAGUGUGGCCUACAGAGCUAUCCUGGAAGCAGUCUGUGACAAAGAUGAACUGGCUGUGAAGAGGCUCAGAAGACAUACCAGGAAAAGCAGCUUUGAUACUUUUGAAGAGUAUAUAAAUACCAUCACCACAAAUUACAAGUUUGUGCCUGCAGAUUCUUCCAGCAGUGUGGAUGAUUCUGAGGAAAAUUGCUCAAGACAAGAAAAACAAGAUAUCACAGUAGAUUUCAAACAAACAAGUACAAGAGAACAUAUUUCUGAAGAACUAACAGAAUGUUAUAAGAGAUUUGAACAUUUAUUUCCACUAAUUGAGCCUCUUACUGGACUUCAGUUAGCUCUUCAGCCAGUAAUGGAAGCAUUGAUAUUGAUAGACAGGGUGUCUUUCUUAAAGGAAGCCGGCUUUUACAAUGUCUCGUUAGAGAAAGUAUUUGAUGUUGCUAUAUCACCAAGGAAUGUGGCAUUGGUUGCAGUAAGAUAGAAAAAAAAAUUACCUGUUUCAUAUAGAUAUUAACUUUUAUGUUAUUUAUAUGAAAGUUGUGUUAAUUUAUAGUGGUAUUUUUGUAAAGAAUACUCAUACUGUUAACUGUUUUCAUUGUUGAGAAUGCUUAUAGCUUUUAUUUUUUUCAAUUUGUUGUAUAGAAUUUUAGAGAAAAUAUGAACAUGUCUGAAGUCAUUUUUCAUUAAUUCCUUGGAAGACUUGAUAUACAAAUCACCAGUGAUACUAAUUUUAAAGCAUUUUUCUCUGCUGAAAGACAUUCCAUGAGAGAGUAGCUGUAUUUUGAAUGUGUGCACCUCUUUCAGCACUAAGACUCUUUUCAUUUAGACUGUAUUUGCUUUAAAACUAAUGCAAAGGCUUUCCCAGACCAUUAAGUACCAUUUACUACCAUUUACUAAUUCUUGAGCAGACUGUGAUACAAAUUGAAAAAGUCAAUAAUUAGCAAGAAACACCUU